AUGAGUCGUGGAAGUGAGAUUAGUGUUGGAAAUUUGGCUAAGGCAGGAUCAAGGUUGACGAGUCACUUGAUGACUCGUAGUAACCAUGACGACUCACCAAACAAGGGAGCAGUAAUAUGGCGAUAUAAAUGGCGGCACAUCUUAUCGUCUCUCUUCCUUGCCAAAUCUGAGACAUCUUUUGCGUUAUUAGUUAUCUGUCUGAUGGAGUCUCUUUCUAUAGGCAUUUCAACUUGUUUACUUGUGAAAAAACAACCACAAACCCACAGAUCCUCUUCCAAAUUCAUUCUUCGCAGAUGUUCUACCACUGUCCCCUGCAAUUCAAUCCAAUUGAAUUACCCUAAAACCGGAAAUCUCUCACACGUUUUACAAACUGAAGCCCCAAUUCAUCUAUUCCAACAGAUCUCUCCCAAAUUAUACCUAUCUUUGCUUUGUAUGAGUCUUUCUUUUCCUCUUACUUCCCUUGCCUCUGAAACUACAAUACCCACUCCCACUAAAAUCAACAUAGAAGCAAUCUUGGUCUCUAUUGAUGAAUUUUUCAAUAAUUAUCCAUUCUUUGUUGCUGGGGUUACGUUUAUGUGGCUCGUUCUGAUUCCAUUAGCCGAAGAAUACUUGCAAAAGUAUAAGUUCACCUCCGCCGUUGAUGCCUUCGGAAAGCUUCGUGAUGACCCCACUUCCCACCUGUUAGAUAUUCGGGAUGACAAGAGUUUGGCUUAUUUGCCUUCUCCCAGUUUGAGAAUGUUCAAUAAGAGUGUGAUGCAGGUUGAGUUCCGUCAAGGAGAUGAAGAUGCCUUUCUUAAGAGGGUCUUUCAGAAUUUAAACGACCCACAAAAUACUACGCUUUGUGUUAUAGACAAUUUUGAUGGGAACUCGAUUAAAGUGGCUGAACUAUUGGUCAAAAAUGGUCUCAAAGAGGCUUAUGCUAUCCGAGGUGGAAUAAGAGGCAAGAAAGGAUGGCAGGAGAUCCAAGAAAUCCUUCUCCCUCCAUCUGUUCAUAUCUAUACCAAGAAGAAGGUUAAAGGGCAGCAGCCGCAAGACAGAAAUAAUGGGGUGAUUCAAGCAAAUGAAAUUAAUAGUCAAUCUCCAUCUGCUAUAGGUGUGACCCAAGUUGAGCAGAUAAGCAAUGGCUCCAUUAAGAAGUCUGCUGACUCAACCUCAGCAAUAAAAUGUGGUCCUAGGUCAUCAUCCCCAUAUCCAAAUUACCCAGAUUUGAAGCCCCCAUCGUCCCCUUCUCCUUCAAAGCCUCAAAAUUAAUGGCAGUUGCAUGUCAUUCCUUCGAUGCCUCAUAUCUCUUCGAUCAUGUGAAUGGUGCAAUCUUUGCCAUGUCUCAACUGCAGCUUGAUAUCAAUAUGUUUUGAAGAGAGUAUGACAGAUGCACGCUGAAAAACCAACGGAAAUAAUGUCUGCUCUGGUUUUUCCUCGAUCCACCAUGAAAUGCAGUAUUACUUUUAUUGUCCAGUUUUGGGCAUUGCUAGACUUGUCAUUUUUUGAGUGUACAAGUUGUAAUCUUGACAAUGUAUUGAACAAGAAUUUUUAACUAACUCCUUCCUAGCAAGCUCUGCUGCUAAA